GCUCAGUGGCGGCAGACAGGGGGCGGGGCUGGAGGGAAGGAUGUGGCUCCGCCAACUCAGGGCCGCGGUCUGCAAGCUCCGCCCCCACCGGGGCUUCACUGUCUCUAUUGGCCCCGCUAACUCCGCACCCGGGCCCCAUGGGCGGAACCGCCGGACCCAAUGGUCUGUGAGAAACCUGCGGGUUUGCCCCACCAUGAACUCCCACGCUGGCAGCGAGCGGCAGGAAUUCAGCUCCUACUUUGAGCAGAUUGUUCAGGAUCUGACGGCCGAGGACUCGGGGCACCCUGAGGUGGGAGAUGCCAUCACGCGGCUGAAGGAGGUACUGGAGUACAACACCCCCGGGGGCAAGUGCAAUCGGGGGGUCACGGUGUUGGCCUCAUACAAGGAGUUGGUGGGCCCCGAGCUGCACAAGGAUGGGAACCUACAGAGGGCGCUGGCCGUGGGCUGGUGUGUGGAGCUGCUACAAGCCUUCUUUCUGGUGGCCGAUGACAUCAUGGAUAACUCGGUGACACGUCGGGGGCAGCCAUGUUGGUACAGAAAGGAGGGCGUCGGAUUGGAUGCCGUGAAUGACUCCUUCCUGUUGGAGGCGAGCAUCUACCGGAUCCUGCGCAAGUACUGCCGGGGCAAGCCCUACUACCUCAGCCUGCUCGAGCUCUUCCUGGAGACCUCCUAUCAGACGGAGCUGGGGCAGGCCCUCGAUCUCAUCACCGCGCAGCCGGGGAAGGUGGAUUUAAACAGAUACACAGAGAAGAGGUAUAAAGCAAUUGUCAAGUACAAGACGGCGUUCUAUUCCUUCUACCUCCCCGUCGCUGCCGCCAUGUACAUGGCUGGAAUAGCCGGGGAGGCGGAGCAUACGAAUGCCAGGACCAUCCUGCUGGAGAUGGGCGAGUUCUUCCAGAUUCAGGAUGAUUAUCUGGACUGUUACGGGGACCCCAGUGUGACGGGCAAGAUUGGCACCGACAUUCAGGACAAUAAGUGCGGUUGGCUGGUGGUGGAGGCGCUAAAGAGAGUCAGCCCUGAGCAGCGGCGCCUCCUACAGGAGAACUACGGGCGGGAGGAGCCGGAGCGAGUGCAGCGGGUGAAGCAGUUGUACGAGGAGCUGGACAUGGCGGCCGUAUACGCGCGGCACGAGGAGGAGAGUUACCAGCGCCUACAGCUGCUCAUUUCCCAGCAUGCCCACAGCCUGUCCCGCGAAAUCUUCCUCGCCCUGGCACGCAAGAUCUACAAGAGGCAGAAGUGAAGGAUGCUGGGAUACCGCCUAAUGCCCUCCCUGGGGCAAUUUCCCUAGGCCCUGUGUGAAAGAGACAAAGUGACUGGACCCACUGGCACCUGGAGGGGGUUCUUGGGCCUUCUGGGAGGGGGUUCUGGGGCCCUCUGGGAGGGGGUUCUGGGCCUCGCUGGCACCGGGAGGGGGUUCUGGGGCCCUCUGGGAGGGGGUUCUGGGCCCCGCUGGCACCGGGAGGGGGUUCUGGGCCCACGCUGGCACCGGGAGGGGGUUCUAGGCCCCGCUGGCACCGGGAGGGGGUUCUGGGCCCAUGCUGGCACCGGGAGGGGGUUCUGGGCCCGCUGGCACCGGGAGGGGGUUCUGGGGCCUUCUGGGAGGGGGUUCUGGGCCCGCUGGCACCGGGAGGGGGGUUCUGGGCCCGCUGGCACCGGGAGGGGGGUUCUGGACCCGCUGGCACCGGGAGGGGGGUUCUGGGCCCCGCUGGGAGGGGGUUCUGGGCCCCGCUGGGAGGGGGUUCUGGGCCCCGCUGAGAGGGGGGUUCUGGGCCCCGCUGGGAGGGGGUUCUGGGCCCCGCUGAGAGGGGGGUUCUGGGCCCCGCUGGGAGGGGGGUUCUGGGCCCCGCUGGGAGGGGGGUUCUGGGCCCCGCUGGGAGGGGGGUUCUGGGCCCCGCUGGGAGGGGGUUCUGGGCCCCGCUGGGAGGGGGGUUCUGGGCCCCGCUGGGAGGGGGGUUCUGGGCCCCGCUGGGAGGGGGGUUCUGGGGCCCUCUGGGAGGGGGUUCUGGGCCCGCUGGCACCGGGAGGGGGUUCUGGGCCCGCUGGCACCGGGAGGGGGUUCUGGGCCCGCUGGCACCGGGAGGGGGUUCUGGGCCCGCUGGCACCGGGAGGGGCAUGUGUUUUAUCUGCAUCAGACUUUUAUUACUUUGGACAGAGCUAAGUACAGACUGGAGCCCUGGCAUUGCCCCUCCCACAGAAAUAAAUGUCAAUCUGCCCCAA